AUGUGGGACGACAAACUGAGUGCUGUGUUACAUAUGAGGGAUUACAUAUCUGACACACCCAUCCGCCCCUAUACCCUCCCUUCCUCAUCAUCCUCUCCACGCCCAGCCACACCUGCAAGCCUCCUGCCACGCCACCAACCGUCCAGCCACACAAGCCUCCUGCCACGCCCACCAACCGUCCAGCCACACCUGCAAGCCUCCUGCCACGCCCCACCACGUCCAGCCACACCUGCAAGCCUCCUGCCACGCCCACCAACCGUCCAGCCACACCUGCAAGCCUCCUGCCACGCCCACCGAUCGUCCAGCCACACCUGCAAGCCUCCUGCCACGCCCACAACCGUCCAGCCACACCGUAGCCACACCUGUAAGCCUCCUGCCACGCCCCACCGAUCGUCCAGCCACACCUGCAAGCCUCCUGCCACGCCCACCAAUCGUCCAGCCACACCUCCACACCUGCAAGCCUCCUGGCCCACCCGUCCAGCCACACCUGUAAGCCACGCCCACCGUCGUCCGCCACACCUGCACACCAACAGCCACACCUGCAAGCUCCUGCCACGCCCACCGAUCGUCCAGCCACACCUGCAAGCCUCUUCCCACGCCCACCAAUCGUCCAGCCACACCUGCAAGCCUCCUGCCACGCCCACCGAUCGUCCAGCCACACCUGUAAGCCUCCUGCCACGCCCACCAGUCGUCCGGCCACACCUGUCCUACUGCCACGCCCACCAAUCGUCAGCCACACCUAAAGCCUCCUGCCACGCCCACCAGUCGUCCAGCCACACCUGUAAGCCUCUUGGCACGCCCACCAAUCGUCCAGCCACACCUACAAGUCUCCUGCCACGCCCACCAGUCGUCCAGCCACACCUGCAAACCUCCUCCACACCCACCAAUCGUCCAGCCACACCUGCAAGUCUCCUGCCACGCCCACCAACCGUCCAGCCACACCUGCAAGCCUCCUGCCACGCCCACCAACCGUCCAGCCACACCUGCAAGCCUCCUGCCACGCCCCACCAACCGUCCAGCCACACCUGCAAGCCUCCUGCCACGCCCACCAACCGUCCAGCCACACCUGCAAGCCUCCUGCCACGCCCACCAUUGUCCAGCCACACCUGCAAGCCUCCUGCCACGCCCACCAACCGUCCAGCCACAACUGCAAGCCUCCUGCCCACCUGUCCAGCCACACCUGUAAGCCUCCACCACGCCCAUCAGUCGUCUAGCCACACCUGCAAGCCUCUCCCACGCCACCAUUGUCCAGCCACACCUGCAACCCUCCUGCCACGCCCACCAACCGUCCAGCCACAUGCAAGCCUCCUGCCACGCCACCAUUGUCCAGCCACAUCUGCAAGCCUUCCUGCCCACGCCCAUCAGUCGUCAGCCACACCUGCAAGCCUCCUGCCCACGCCCACCAACCGUCCAGCCACACCUGCAAGCCUCCUGCCACGCCACCAUUGUCCAGCCACACCUGCUGCCACCACCAAUCCAGCCACACCUGCAAGCUCCUGCCACGCCCCACCAACCGUCCAGCCACACCUGUAA